GCGGGAGACGCCUUUGCCACCCAACCCAAGACUUUCUGGAAGGCCUCACCUGGUGGGACAGAGGUCGUUACUGCCAGCUCUUUGGAGUUCUGUGCAUAGGCCUGGGGCGGGUCUGUGUGCCAGGAACUCCGGCACCACCCAAAGGACAUAAAGAUUCCUGAGUGCCCCAUCGCCCAGUGCACAGAAAACCCGCAGGGCUGGUGUGGAGCGGGUGACGUGGUGAGGAGACAGCCCCACACUCUCACAGCUUCCUCCACGCGCGCUGUUCCCCAGGUGGCUGCCGGCGGCGGGUCUCGGGAUGACUUCGACCAACAGCUGUCGAUUUCUGCCGUUCCUCAAGAUAUCGCUCAUCAUCAUCCUGGCACUCAGCAUUGGCUUGUUUAUAUCCAGAGGCGUAGUCCUGCAAGGAGAGUUUUGGGGGCUCAAGCUGGAGCAGUCGCGUCCUACACCCGGGGACCUCACAGAGCUGAAGCUCUUACCAGAACAGAGCCUCCGCAACUUCUUCAGCUACGACGGCAUCUGGCUCUUCCCUAAAAAUCAGUGCAAGUGUGAAGGCACCAAGCAGCAAAGAAAUUAUGACCUUCAGGGUAGCUAUGACCAGCGGGACCUGCCAGCGGUGAACGCCAGGAGACAGGCUGAAUUUGCGCACUUCCAGAGGAGGGAAGGACUGCCCCGCCCACCGCCGGUGCUGGCUCAGCCCAACCUCCCCUUCGGGUACCCAGUGCACGGCGUGGAGGUGAUGCCCCUGCACACCAUUCUCAUCCCAGGUCUCCAGUUUGAAGGGCCCAACGCACCUGAUUACAAGAUCAACCUGAGUGCGUCCCUGGGGACCCUAAACACCCUCGCGAACAUCUCCAACAACAUAGUGCAGGGCAGAGGCCAGAAGCAGCUGAUCAUUUCGACCAGUGACCGAACUCUUUUGAACUUCAUCCUGCAACAUGUGACCUACACCAGCAUGGGGUACCAGCACCCCAAGGUGGACCUGGUGAGCCUGAAAUGGAAGUCUUCUGUGGCCGAGUUUCCAGUGAGCAUCCGCUACCCUGUUAUGCCCAGACUGUAUGACCCUGGGCCAGAGAGGAAUCUCAGAGACCUGGUGACCAUUGCCACCAAGACCUUCCUGCGCCCCAACAAGCUCAUGGUCCUGCUCCGGAGCAUUCGCGACUACUACCCGGACCUGACCGUGAUCGUGGCUGAUGACGGCCAGAAGCCGCUGGACGUGCAGGACAAGCAUGUGGAGUAUUACACCAUGCCCUUUGGGAAGGGUUGGUUCGCUGGCAGGAACCUGGCCAUAUCUCAGGUCACCACCAAGUAUGUCCUCUGGGUGGAUGACGACUUCCUCUUCAACAACAAGACCAAGAUCGAGGUGCUGGUGGACGUGCUGGAAAACACUGAGCUGGAUGUGGUGGGCGGCAGCGUGCUGGGGAAUGUGUUCCAGUUCAAGCUGUUCUGGGAACCGACGGAGCAGGGGGGCUGUCUUCACCGGAGGCCAGGGUUUUUCCAGCCCCUGGAGGGCUUCCCCGGUUGCGUGGUGACCAGCGGCGUGGUCAACUUCUUCCUGGCCCACACAGAGCGUCUCCGCAGAGUUGGCUUUGAUCCCCGCCUGAAGCGCGUGGCUCACUCAGAAUUCUUCGUGGACGGGUUGGGGAGCCUGCUUGUGGGCUCAUGCCCAGAGGUGAUAGUGGCUCACCAGUCCCGAACUCCAGUGGUGGACCCAGAGCUGGCUGUCCUGGAAAAGACCUACAACAAAUACCGGACUAACACCAAAGAGGAGGUCCGCUUCAAGCUGGCCCUCCAGUACUUCAAGAACCACUUGCAGUGCGCCAUGUAGAGGCACAGGGAAUACAUCAC